AAUUUUUUUUUCUUUCAAAGAAGCUGCAUCCUCUGAAAUUUUCGAUCCAUGAUCCCCACACACAGUCGCUGACUUGAACGAACUAAGAACAAAAGUGGAAACCUGGAAAAACAAGGGAUUGGAUCUCCAAUGGAUUCGAACGCCAUGGCACAACUCCAAAGACCUUCAACCGAAACCCCAACCCUGCUCGAUUCUCUGGGCGAAGAAAUCAUCAGAAUUGUAGCCCCAGUCUCAAUCUGCAUGUUCCUCGUUGUAAUCCUCGUCUCCAUUCUCAACACGGGUGACUCUUCCUUCUCCGUUUCCAGCAUCGCCACCAUUGCGUACACCGAGACAACCUCCGAUUCCUCCUGGGACAAGUUCCUAGGUGCCCUGCUCAACUCCCUCGCCUUCGUCGUCGUCGUCACCGUGGCUACCUUCGUCCUCGUCCUCCUCUUCUAUUUCAGGUGCACUGGCUUCCUCAAAAUCUACAUGGGUUUCUCCGCUUUCGUCGUUCUAGGGUUCCUCGGCGGUGAAGUUUUCAUCUUUUUGAUUCAGCAUUUUAGUACCCCAAUUGAUUGCUUCACUUUCUUGUUGCUUCUGUGUAAUUUUGCUGUUGUUGGUGUUAUGGCUGUCUUUAUGUCGAAAAUGGCUAUUAUUGUUACUCAGAGUUACUUGGUUGUUAUUGGGAUUCUUGUUGCUUAUUGGUUCACUAUGUUGCCUGAAUGGACCACUUGGGCCAUGCUUGUUGCCAUGGCAUUGUAUGAUCUUGCUGCCGUUUUGUUGCCUAUUGGUCCCUUGAGGCUUCUCGUUGAGCUCGCCAUAUCGCGGGACGAGGAGAUUCCGGCUUUGGUUUACGAAGCUAGGCCUGUGAAUGUUGAGAAUUUGGAUCCUAGGGUUGCUGUUGCUCAGAGGAGGCUGUGGAGAGAGAGGAGGGUUACCGAGAAUUCAAAUCUCCGGGGUGAUGCUAAUGUGAAUGUUAGUAAUAAUAAUGCCUUAGGUCUUGGUGCCAAUGCUGAGUUGAACCCUGGUUCGGAUUCAAACAGUAAUAAUCCCAGUUCGGCUGGGGAAGAUGCUAUUUUGGAUUCGAAUUUGGGUUCUAGUACUUCUUAUGGGAUCUAUAGUGACAGGAAUUUGGUUAGAGCUGAAGAGGGGCGAGUUCAGGAGACCAAUUCAGAGAUUACUACCCCAUUGAUUGGUCACGGAGUGAAUGUUCGGAUACAUAGCAGAGCAGAAAAUGUGGAUGCAUCAGAUGAGAAUUUGAUGUUGGAGGGAAUUGGAUUGGCUUCAUCCGGCGCAAUCAAGUUAGGGCUGGGCGAUUUCAUCUUCUAUAGUGUUUUGGUUGGCAGGGCUGCAAUGUAUGAUUUUAUGACUGUGUAUGCUUGUUAUCUCGCUAUCAUUGCUGGUCUGGGGAUAACACUGAUGCUUUUGGCUUUUUAUCAGAAGGCUUUGCCUGCUCUUCCCGUGUCAGUCGCACUGGGGGUGCUGUUUUAUUUCUUGACCAGGCUCUUACUUGAAGUGUUUGUAGUACAAUGUUCCAUGAAUCUUCUGAUGUUUUAAAGUCAGAUGUUAUUUCUUGAGUCUAGUGCGUGGCUAAAAUGAAAAAAUAUAUAUUCUAUGCCUAUAUAUAUACACUAGGGAAAGUUCUGGGCUCCUGUGUUUACUAGUAAGGCUUUUCAGAACUGUAUCUGUUCUUUCUAUUCUAUAGCACAUAACUUUUGAUGUCCCUCUUGGAUCUAAGAAGGCCCUCUUUGGAGACCAUUGGGAGAAGGGAAAUGGAGAUGUGGCAGAUUGAAUUUGAAUCCCCCACAUAAUAUUACCAUAGCCACCCUGGUAAAAGUUGAGCAUUGCUCAGCAGCUUUGAAGCCUUUGACUGAAAUACUAUGCGCUGCAGGUUGAGGAUCUGUGACCAAAUUCACUCAA